AAUGGUGCUGCCCUGGCUGCCACUGGGGACUGUGCACAGGGCAGUCAUCGGAUCCAUGGAGGCUGUGCUCUGUGGUUUGAAGUCAAUAAAGAGAAGCUGCCACAAUUUUUGUACUGCUAUUUCUAGAGAUGUCACUUAUAAGGAAAUGAAAAACCUGCUGAAUUUCAAAAGCAUUAUGUUAAUUGGCGUUCGAGAGACAUGGGAAGUCCUUGAGUAUGGAAAAAUCCCCAGGUCUGUCAAUAUCCCAUUGGACGAAGUGGGCAAAGCUCUACAGAUGAACCCAGAAGACUUCAAAGAGAAGUACCAUGAAGUAAUGCCAUCCAAAACUGACAAUCUAGUGUUUUCUUGUUUAGCUGGAGUGAGAAGCAAGAAGGCGCUGGACACAGCAGUAUCUCUGGGCUUUCACAGUGCUCAACACUAUGCUGGAGGAUGGAAGGAAUGGGUAACCUAUGACUUUUCAGAGAAGAAACAAGGAAAUUGA